GAAAACCCAUCUGAUUUAGACGCAAAUUAAUACACUUGAUUUGAUAUCGAAAAGGCCCGUUAAGGACUUUUAUUGUCUUAAAGUCUCGGUCUUUUUUCUCUUCUGAUUGUUGGGUCUUGACUGCUUUCAAACAAUGCCGAACUUGCGUUCAUAUCACUCUCUGUAAUUCACAGCUAGGAAUUCGCACUACGAAACCCAAGUUUACAUUCACAAACAGCGACUUGGGUUUAUCAUUUAGUCAGGUUUUCUUGUGUUCUGCGAUUGUGGGUAUGAUUGAUUUGAACACCACGGAGGACGAGGAAACGCUGUUGUCUGGGUCUAGUUCUCCUCCUUCGUCCUCUGGUUCUCAUUUAAGCGCUCCUGCUCUGGGUGCUAUUGGUUUAAACGGUUCGGGUUCCGUGUGUUUGGAGCUAUGGCAUGCUUGUGCGGGUCCACUGACAUCGUUGCCAAGGAGAGGGAGUGUGGUUGUGUACUUCCCUCAAGGCCAUUUGGAGCAACUCUCUGACUCCCAGGCCGUACCCUGUGAUCUUCCUCCUCACAUUCUCUGUCGUGUUCUUGAUGUGAAGCUUCAUGCAGAGGCCCCAAUGGACGAGGUUUAUGCACAGGUCUCACUGGUUCCUGAAAGUGAGCAGAUCGAACAGAAGUUGCGAGAAGGGAAAGUUGAGGUAGAGGGUGAAGAGGAGGAUAUUGACAUGACUAUGAAGCCAGCAACGCGUCAUAUGUUCUGUAAGACCCUCACUGCUUCUGAUACUAGCAGCCAUGGAGGAUUCUCUGUUCCCCGUCGAGCUGCUGAGGACUGCUUCCCUCCAUUGGAUUAUACUCAACAAAGACCUUCACAAGAGCUAUUAGCAAAGGAUCUGGUUGGCCUCGAAUGGAGGUUUCGACAUAUUUACCGAGGGCAACCACGGAGGCAUUUGCUGACUACUGGGUGGAGUGCUUUUGUAAACAAGAAGAAACUUGUUUCUGGAGAUGCGGUCCUCUUUCUCAGGGGAGAUGAUGGAGAAUUGAGACUGGGAAUUCGAAGAGCCGCCCAAAUAAAAUGCACUGCUGCUAUUCCAGCUCUCUGUAGCCAGCAGAUGAAUCACAGCACUUUCAUUGACGUGGUGAAUGCGAUCUCUAGGAGAGGUGUUUUCAGCAUCUGCUACAAUGCAAGGGCCAGCUUAUUGGAUUUGAUACUACCCUUGCAUAAAUUCCUAAGGAGCCUUGAUUAUUCUUUUUCUGUUGGAACAAGGUUCAAGAUGCUCCUUGAAACAGAAGGUGCCGCUGAAAGAAGAUGCACAGGAGUAAUAGCUGGUAUUGCUGACGCGGAUCCUGUUAAAUGGCCUGGGUCGAAAUGGCGAUGCCUACUGGUUAGGUGGGAUGAUGGUGAGGCCAAUACGCUCAACAGGGUGUCUCCAUGGGAGAUCAAACCAUCUGGUUCUGUUUCCAGUUCCAGUAGCUUGAUGGUGCCUGGUUUAAAGAGGACCAGGACUGUAUUGCCUUCAGCAAAACCAGAAUUUGUUGCUCCUGAUGGAAUUGGGGCAUCAGAUGUUGGAGAACCUUCAAGGUUCUGGAAUGUCUUGCAAGGUCAAGAAAUUUUGGGGUUUCGUCCUCUUCCCAAUGGUGUUGAUUUUCACAAUCCGCAUCAAUCUGAAAUAAGGAGGUGCUUUCCUGGUUCACAUAGUUCAGGGACUGGUGCAAUAGCAAAUGGUUUUGGAGAUUCACUCGUGAGCUCCGAUACACUCAAUAGAAGCGUAGGCUGUGAUGAAUCUUUCCAAUUCCGUAAGGUCUUGCAAGGUCAAGAAAUAUUGCCAAGCCCCUCAUAUGGACGAGCACUGGAUGUUAAUGAGGCUUGUGAAUAUGGCAGCAUUGGGAUCUCCUCUGGUGUUCAAGUGCCAAGAAGGAGAAAUGCUCGGUCUGUCCAUAUGCAAGGAUUUGACUCUCAUAUGUGCCUCUCUGCACAUCCCACACAAGUGUCAUCACCAUCUUCAGUGUUAAUGUUCCAUCAAGCAAGCCAUCCUGUUUUGAACUUCAAUCAACCAUAUGGUUUCAAUAAACAGCAGGACCGGCGACUUGUCAAUCGAAGUGUGGUUCAUAUUCCCGAAACAUGCAGAGAAAAGCCAACCUCAUCUUCAUCUAGUGACUGUAGUUUCAGAGGUAACCAUCAGGGGAGCAUGAAUCAUCCUGCUUUGAACUUCAAUCAACCAUAUGGUUUCAAUGAACUGCAGGACCAGCGAGUUGGCAAUCGAGGUGUGGUUUAUAUUCCCGAAACAUGCAGAGAAAAGCCAAUCUCACCUUCUUCUAGUGACUGUAGUUUCAGAGAUAACCAUCAGGGGAGCAUGAAUCAUCUCGGUCUAUCCAACGAGCGUAUGCAGCAUGGUGAUUCAGGACCUCUUGUAGGUCAAUCAUCACAUAGAAGUAAUUCAGAUUUGGUGUCAUCCAAAAGCAGCUGUAGACUCUUUGGUUUCUCAUUGACUGAGGACAGACUUGUUGCCAAUUUACAAGAAAGUGAAAAUGCAUUGACAACUCCACUGACUACGGGAUCUUCAUGUGUGCCUGGUGCAAGAGAUCGGCCUCCAGCAAUGACCAAGGCAGCUGGAAGCGACUGUACCAAUUAUUUUUGCAGGUACUUCUGCAACACAGACUUGAAGCUUAUAACAUCUAUUAGUUAAAAUUAUGGUGACCUCCAAGGUUGUGGAAGAGGAGGAUGCCAUCGCUAGUUGUCUGGAUUGUAUGGCAGUUAUUUUCGGUUUGUAAGGAGAAAGUGUAAUUUAUCUCCUGAAGUAACUUGAUAGUAUCUGACUCCUUAGCUAUGUACAAAACAGUAUCAGUUUACAGCUGGUUGAGUUCCUGCUGAUAAUGUUUUUUCAUUACUAUUGGAAUGUAAAACAUUUGUAGGGUACCCUGCAAAUUUGAAAACUAAAAUGAUUGCAUGAGUACUCAUGUUUACUAGAAACAUUUGUAGGGUACCCUUUUGAGAUUUUUGCCCCAGA